GAAUCAAACCAUUAAGACCGCAAGGAAGGGGCAAAGAGUAAGCGAGUAGUCGUAUUUUAGCAGCAGCUCUUCAGCAUUCAGUACGAAAAACUAAAAUGGAGAUGACAAUCUUCAUAAUUUUGUUCACCGCCCCAUUUACUGCUCUCACAGCUUCGACGGCGGCUCUUGUACCUCCGGACGAAUCUCAGAUUCCGUCUUCAUCUGGUCAGCAGAAUCAGAAUUCGGUGAUCUACGAAUUGCAAGAAGCGAAGAUCAAAAUCGCUCGAUUAGAAUCCAUCCUUGAUGAAAGCAUGCCAAAUUUAAAUGCUAAAAUCCAAUACAUCAGAGAAACCGAGAAGAAAAUCGAGGACAUUAGUGUAGAAAUUGACAAUCUUACAACUGCUUUGUCCAAAUUGCAGCAUCACUCAUCAAGGAUUAGUGCUCUAGAAGAAGAGGUACAACUGCUUUGGGAUGUGGCAAGAAAAAACAACUUUGAAAUUCAUAAGUUGGAGUUCAAAGCACAAGAUGUGGAGAAAAGAUUAGAAGUUCUUACCUCUCAAGUCGAAAAGAUUGCUGAAGUUAUAUCUGAAAAAUGGAUUCAGAUACAACGACUUGAACAAGCUGUUCAAAUGGCAGAGAUGAGAACGCAAAAGGUCAAAAGGCAAGUAACGUUCAGUAAAUGUCCAUUUGUCAAGUUCAUCAAAAACGUUUUCGGCCACCACCUUGAAACGUUGAAAGGAAUUCUGCAUCCAUAUGGAUCAUACAGUGCGGCUGAUCCUAAUUCCUACUGGUCUCAAAUGUUGCAUCACAUGCAGGGGGCUUUUUCAUCUGCAAAACAAUACCAUUACAAGCUGCAGAGGUUUGUAAAGCAGGAAAUAGAAAGGAACGAUUUCCCUAUGGCUUUAGCUAAUGAAGAAGUAGUGUUUUUAGUAGCCUCAGCUUUGAUCGUGUUUCCAAUUUUAAGUGCAUUCAUGUUUCUCUUCUCACACUUAAGCUAGGCCUGCGGAGCAACUAUUGAUUUACCAAAUCAUUAGCACAUGGCAGCCAGGAUAUAUGCAUGUAAAGAAACAAAUCAUCAACAUGUGAAAUUGUUGAUCUCUAGUAAAAUUUUGGAUAUAAUUCCAUUUCACCUUAUGAUUAGUCUUGGUGCUCUUCCUAAAAGAUUGUAUGAUAAUGCUAAUGAAAUGUUGAUUCCAACACAUGAGCUGAUUGUACGUUUCUGCCUUUUUUAUAUAUUGGUAUGGUGUAAAUAUUCGAUGGAGAUACAAUUUUAUGGUUUUUCCAAUCAAAGUUUAUACACUCAAUA